GUUUUUUUAGCAUAGGAUUGUAAACACUACAUGGAGAUGGAAUCUAGAGUGUUUAUUUCAGCAGUGUUGGGUGAUGUGAAAUAUUUAUUGCCGAAUUUCAAGAGUAACCUUCUACUUAUGCAUCCUUCCACGAUGAAGUUACUGAAAUUUGUAAAAGGUUGUUGGCUUUUAUUGAAGAGUGAAAAAGUUUGCCUUAUUUUGAAGUGCUGGCCAUUGACGAAAAUUGGGCCUAACCAAUUUGUGAUGCCGUCAUUCUCUGUCUUGGACCAUUAUAUGAAAAACAGUUUUGAAAUUUCAAGAUAUUAUGGAGAAAUAGAUAUUGCUGAUAAAAUCAUUUUAAAUUUUGAAGAAUCUAACCCAUUCAUGGAUUCAAAACAUUUUAAAGAUUCUAUUAAAAAAAUAUUAGGUAGCUUUCCUCUUGUCGAAGGACUUACUAUGAAUGCUUUGUAUAUGGGCAAUACUUGCUCUUUCACCAUCAACCAAAUUGAGUCUAAUUUAAAUAAAAAUGAAAAAACCACAGACAAAGACAUCCAUAACUUGUGUAGUUAUUUAUCAAGCUUAAAUGUAGUGACUACUGAAACAAAUGAGCUUACAAACAAUUCAGCAAAUGAAAAAUUACAAGUCCCUGUUUCUUCAACAAACAACUCAAGCUCCAGGAAAAAGUCAAGGAAUAAGUCCAAAAAAUCUAUGUCAAGGUUUUUUGUUGUUCAUCAAAGUACCCAAGUACUCAUUCACUGCUCUCAAAAAGAGUUCCAGAGUUCAGAAUGUAUAUGUUUUGAUGAUUCUGGUGGAUUAGAUGAGCAAUUGGAAGAAAUCAAAGUGUGCUUUAAAAAAUAUUUGGCAAAAGGACAACGUUCUCUCUUGAAGGAAGGUCAAGCGAUGUCUGAUGAACCUUCACUUACUCGGAUGGAUUUUAAAGAAAGCUUGAAAAAUGAAAAUCCAAGUUCUAUGGUUGAAUUUAAAAUUGAAGUUCCAAAUGUGAAAUGGAGUGAUAUUGGGGGCAUGCAUAAUGUGAAAAAUACUAUUAUUGAAAUGGUUGAUUGGCCUCUAAAACAUGCGGAACAGUUUAAGAAGUUUCAUAUAACACCAUCAAAAGGUGUUUUGCUGUAUGGUCCUCCUGGAUGUUCUAAAACGAUGAUUGCAAAAGCUUUAGUUAGCGAAAGUCAUCUGAAUUUCAUUUCUAUAAAAGGUCCACAGCUUUUUAGCAAGUAUGUUGGUGAAUCUGAGCAAUGUGUCUCUGAAUUAUUCAAAAGAGCACGAUCAGCAGCUCCAUGUGUUAUAUUCUUUGAUGAAAUUGAUUCACUCGCAACUGUCAGGGGAAGCACAUCAGGAAACUCGAACGUUGCUGACCGAGUGUUAACACAACUUCUAAUUGAAAUUGAUGGUGUUAAUGUUCUUAAAGGUGUCAGCAUAAUUGCUGCUACAAAUAGGCCAGACAUGAUUGAUCCGAGCUUGUUAAGGCCUGGUAGAUUUGAUCACAUGAUCUAUGUUCCUUUACCUGAUGCUUUAACACGAAAAGAAAUUUUGGAUGUAAAGCUUCAGAAAAUGCCUCUUGCGUCUGAUGUGGAUUUAUGCUACUUAGUGGAUAAAACUGAAAAUUUUACUGGUGCAGAGAUAACAGAUUUAUGUAGAGAAGCAGCGAUGUCCGUCAUUAAAGAUGAUGUUACAUCAUUGACUUCAUUAGUUACAAUGGACCAUUUUCAUUUAGCGUUACAAUCCGUACUUCCCAGGACAACAAAAGAAACAAUAGAAUUUUAUGAAAAUUAUGUUCUAUGUGCUUUAAAUUUCUUCGCUGGCGGGAGAUACCAGAAAAAGGUUGGGAAUGAUAAUUACAUAAAGGUCACGCCGCUGAGUGCCAGCAAUUGUAUUCGGCAAGUCUCCCAAGCAAUGUCGCAGCAUCUCCUUCGGAAAUUAGUGCAAUACCCAAGUGAUCAGAGCAUCACUAUAAUUUUUGAUUUUGCAAUCUUCUUCUGGCUCUUCUUCUUCCUCACUACUUUCAAGAUCCUCUGGAAGACUUCCUCCUGCAUCUUCAAUUUUCUCAGAGAUGUAAGCAGUGAUAUCCUCAUUGGUGUCAUCAGUGCAUAA